AUGAUUGAUAAACAAAUUGAACUUAAAUUAAUUGAUGAUUCUAAUUAAUAGAGUUAUUAUUGUGUUGCAAUAGUUUUUAAUAAUACUGGAUAAAUUAUGAUUUCAUGUAAUAUUAAGGAGAUUUAAAUUUGGAAUUUUGAAUAAGGAAGAUUAAAAUUAAUUAAUUCAUAUUAAGAACAUAAAGAGGCUGUUACAUGUUUGGUAUAUAGCAAAAUGAGAAAUAACUUUAUUUCUGGUUCUUUUGAUAAUACUAUCAUCUGUUGGCAAUAAAUUAAUCAAAAAGACUGGAUGUGUUCAUAGCCAUUCAAAUAACAUAAUUAAACAGUUAAUUGUUUGAUGUUAAAUAAAUAGGAGGAUCAACUUAUUUCAGGAGGUUGUGAUGAUUCUAUAAAAGUUUGGAAUGUAGAUUUUAUUAAGAAUGAGCUGAAUUUUCAGUAUUCAUUAGAUUAACAUAGUAAUCAAGUACAUUCAUUCAGUUUUAAUUCAUCUGAAACUGUAUUGGUAUCAUGUGGAUAUAAUCAUUUUAUCAUAUGGGAAAAAGGAAUAUAAGGAAAAUGGGAAUUUAAAUAUAGAAAAGAUGUUUCAGAUGAUGGACGUAAAAUAUAUUUAAUUAAUGAUCAACAAUUACUUUGGGUAACUUUUCGUAAAAAUAUUGAUGCUAUUUUUGUUUUUGAAAUAUAGAAUGGAGUCUUUGAAUUAAAUAUUAAUAAAACUAUCAAAUUGACUAAGAAUAAUGAAUGUGAUGAUAAUCUUUAUUUCCCAAUUAUUUACAAUAAAGAUAAAAAUAUAAUAUUGGUAAGACAUAAACAUCAUAUCUAUCUGAUUAGACAAUUAAAUAAUGAUACAUUUAAUAUUAUCGUAUCAUUAAAUUGUUAAAAUGAUUAGAUUUAUGGAACUAUGACCAAUAAUGGAUAGUAUUUGGUAUUUUGGGAUAAUAUAUAUAAAAAGUAUAAAUCAUAUGAGAUAUUACAUAAAUGA